UUUAGAUAAUUUAAAAGAGGCACGUGCUUAUUUCUUCCUCUCCGUAGCGCUAAAAUCCCCAAUUCAUCUAGGGUUUUAGUCCCUCUCUCCAUCGAUCAAAACUCUAAUCUACAGUACACACAAGAAUCAAAUAGAAGCAACGAUGUUCCCAGGCAUGUUUAUGCGCAAACCAGACAAGGCGGCGGCCUUGAAGCAGUUGAAGGUCCACGUAGCUAUGUUUGGAGUGUGGGUAGCUGUUGUUCGUGUCACUCCUUACAUUCUGCAUUACCUCUCUGAUGAAAAAGAAGAGCUCAAGAUUGAGUUCUAGAGGCCACCUCUCAUUCUUUUCAGAUUGACAAGGAGAGAACUGGAGAAUGAAAAGAAUUUGCAAGUUCCAGGUUCCUUUUUCGCUUUAGUAUGAAGCCGAUGUGUAAUCAUUUUAGGUUGUUUAUGUACUUGCUUUGGUCAUGCUUGUUAGUCUUUUCAUUGAAAUGAAACUAGUCAUAUCUAGUUAAAUGUGCAUUUUACUGGUUAUCUGUUGGUAUUUGGAUUUUGAGAGUGAUAGCACUGGAUAUUGCAGUGAUGUUCCAGAUUUUCACAUGCUGAGAUCUAACAGCCUAAGAUUAACACUUUUCUGAAUAUAUGGCUAUCUUUUUUGUUGGAAUGAAA